GGCGCGGCUUCCCGGGUCCACGGCAGCGGUCUCCACACCCGCGGCGGCCACAUCUACGCUCUUACGGCCCCCGAUGCGCGUCCGGUGAUCGGGACAGCAAGACCCGCGCGCGCGCGGCGGGGCGGCGGCAGGCGCUUGGUCACCGUGACCCCAAUUUUGGAUUUACCGCUCGGGGGGUGGGGGGAGUCUGGAUUUAACUGGCGACUGUUUUGGGGGACGCCGGACGCCAUGUUGUGGAAAAUAACCGAUAAUGUCAAGUACGAAGAGGACUGCGAGGAUCGCCACGAUGCGAGCAGCAACGGGAACCCGCGCAUCCCCCACCUCUCCUCCGCAGGGCAGCACCUGUACAGCUCCGCGCCGCCGCUGUCCCACGCGGGAGUCGCCGAAUACCAGCCGCCGCCUUACUUCCCGCCGCCCUACCAGCAGCUGGCCUACUCGCAGUCGGCCGAUCCCUACUCGCAUCUGGGAGAAGCCUACGCUGCGGCCAUCAACCCCCUGCACCAGCCUGCGGCCGCCGGCAGCCAACAGCAGGCCUGGCCCGGCCGCCAGAGCCAGGAGGGGGCCGGCCUGCCUUCGCACCACGGGCGCCCGGCCGGCCUGCUCCCCCACCUCUCCGGGCUGGAGGGAGGCACCGUGGGUGCCCGCAGGGAUGCCUACCGCCGCUCGGACCUGCUGCUGCCCCACGCUCACGCCCUGGACGCCGCCGGCCUGGCCGAGAACCUGGGACUCCACGAUAUGGCCCACCAGAUGGAAGAGGUGCAGAAUGUCGACGACCCACACCUGCUUGGGCACGAUCAGACUGUAAUCCGCAAAGGUCCCAUUUCUAUGACUAAGAAUCCCCUGAGUCUUCCCUGUCAGAAGGAGCUGGUAGGAGCCGUGAUGAAUCCCAGUGAGGUCUUCUGCUCUGUUCCCGGAAGACUGUCCCUCCUCAGCUCCACGUCCAAGUAUAAAGUGACGGUGGCUGAAGUGCAGAGGCGAUUGUCACCGCCUGAAUGCUUAAAUGCCUCAUUGCUGGGAGGUGUUCUCAGAAGAGCCAAGUCCAAAAAUGGAGGCCGAUCGCUGCGGGAGAAGUUGGACAAGAUUGGGCUGAAUCUUCCAGCGGGGAGACGGAAAGCAGCUCACGUGACCCUCCUGACAUCCUUGGUGGAAGGCGAAGCUGUUCACUUGGCUCGCGACUUUGCCUAUGUCUGUGAAGCGGAGUUUCCUAGUAAACCAGUGGCCGAAUACUUAACCAGGCCUCACCUGGGCGGGCGGAACGAGAUGGCCACCAGGAAGAACAUGCUGCUGGCCGCUCAGCAAGUGUGUAAAGAAUUCACAGACCUCCUCAAUCAAGACCGAACACCCAACGGGAACAACAGGCCCUCCCCAAUCUUGGAAACGAACAUGCAGAACUGCUUGUCUCAUUUCAGCCUGAUUACCCACGGGUUUGGCAGCCAGGCCAUCUGCGCCGCUGUGUCUGCGGUGCAGAACUACAUCAAAGAAGCUCUGAUUGUCAUAGACAAAUCCUAUAUGAACCCCGGAGACCAGAGUCCAGCAGAUUCUAAUAAGACCCUGGAGAAAAUGGAGAAGCACAGGAAGUAAAAUGAGGCUGAGCAGAGGGCGGGAAGGGAAAGGACCGAGAUUCCUACUCCGCUGGGACAGACUGGGAAGUGCUCCUGCGGGGGAGAGAAGCUUCCAGCCUCCCUUACCCACCUACCCUAAGGCCUCUUGUUACUGGAGGCUUGUACCAUCUUGACCUGCCCUCCUGGAUCCCUGUGGCUUCUCCAGCACUGCAGUGUCUGACCUUGGACACAUGAUCCCAAGGUGACAAGUACUGGGUUUUGGUUUUUUUACUUGUUGAACGUUUAUUUUUUGGAAACCCCGUCCCUUCUUCCUCUGAAAGUGGUGCUACAAGUUUUAGAACCUUUUUGUAAGUUCCCUGGGCUGACAAGAAGCCACGGGCCCAGCUGUUGAGACGUCAGAUCGAUGCGAUUCAGAUCAACAAUAACUUAUUUUAUUCAGUGUUAAGAUAUGGCUGGUUUUUACGUCCACUAAAUAGUUUUUCAAAAAUCAGUCUUUACCUACCUUCUUAAGCCAUCGUGCCCUCCAGGAGGAGGCCAGGUGCCCUGUGCUCAGAGUCUAGUGAGCAGCUGGCGGGUGGGUGCAGACCCUGUGCCCAGAGGGGCCUUCUGGUUGUAGGAAACUUGUAGAAACAAUGCCUGCUGACGAUUUCAUUUUUCUUUUCUUGUCUCUCUCUCUCUUUUUUUUUUUUUUUAACUUUGAAAGUUAACUCUUUAAAUGGGCGACUCUUAGAAAUGACAGGUUCCUGUAAGGUACUGAAGCUUUAUUUGCAUAUUUAUUUCAGAUCUUGAUUUUUUGAUAAACUUGAAAAGGGUGGACAUGAAGCGUUGGCUGCCUGUCACCCCCAAGUCCCUGUGGAGGCUCUGUGUUUUGAGAAACAGUGUGUUGAGUGUACAGAUUUUAUUUAUGCAUAAUUUAAUGGGGUCUGUAAAUACUGAUGCACUUCUUAUGACUUUUUGAGAAACGGGAUUCGAUUUUAAUAUUAACUUUUAAUGGUGGUGGGGUAAUCUAUAACACGUCUUUAGAUUUUAUUCAUCUGUACACAGGGUAUGAAGAAUUAAGAGGAUACAGGGCUUUGUUCUUGGUUUGGAAGAUUCUAUUUAAUUGGAGUUCUCUGUUCAGAAAGCAAUAACUUGGCGUCUCAUUCCUAUGGGGCUGAACCUCAAGGUGAAUGUGCGUUAUAGUUAGUGUGGGUGAAAUGGAGCUUUGGAAUUGAACUCCGUGCCUGUAAAUGUUCCCCAAAUUAUUGUGUGCAUAUGAUACCUGUAUAAUAAAAAGUAUUCU